AUGAAGCUUGAGGAUCCGGAAUUAGCCCAUCAUCUUACGUUGAAGCAUCCGCUCGACAGAGUACGGGACUGGUUUUCCGGGGUCCGGUCCGGGGAAUCGUAUUACGGCUUACUCCAAGGCAACGGAGAUGGUUCAUCGACGAACCUCCCGAUUGAAGAAUCAAGGAGAUCACCUUUCUCAAGACUUUCAACCAGUUCGCGUCCUAGCAGAUCAAAGGCUUUUUUCUGGUUGUUGGUACCAUCAUAUAUCGCUCGCAUCUUUGGCCACGCCACGGCAAACUCGACCAUCCCAGCGCCGAACAAAACAUCGUAUUUGAAUGGCCUUCGCGGCAUCGCAUCACUCAUCGUUGCCCUUCAGCAUACGAUAGACGGAGAUUACCCGCUUAUACAUCGUGCAUGGGGCGAUGGCGAAGAAAGUGUCUACGUGGUCCAGCUCCCAUUCGUUCGCCUCAUACAUAGCGGAGUAUUUAUGGUAUCGGUCUUCUUUGUUAUCAGUGGAUUUGCUCUUACAUACGGGCCUCUAAGCAAGUCUUACACACUACAGACCAGUCAAGGCGCACAAGGAGCCAACCCCAUCAGUUCUUUUCCGUCUAGCAUAUUCCGACGUCCGUUCCGGCUCUUCCUCCCAACCAUACCUAUCAUCGCGGUCUCGACCGCCUUGAUUCCCUUUGGCGCAUUUUACGCCCUUAAUAGCACCGAAGCUAUGGACCCUGUCGCCGUCGGAUUCUGGGGCCACGUAUACUACGUUUGGACAACACUGGUAACCAUCAUUACCUCUGGCUCGGCCAACACUGUUAUGCCUCAGGCUUGGACCUUGGCAGCCGAGUAUCAAGGAUCUUUGCUAGUAUUCCUAACCUGCAUGGCCUUCAUCAGAAUGUCGCCUACGAUCCGAUUGCCAGCCACCUUCCUACUGCUCAUCUACUCCUUCAACCUUCAGAGAAUGGCGAACUGUAUGUUCAUCUCAGGCAUGUUCAUUGCUGAUUUCCGCCAUUUCCGGGCAAAUCUUCCAGAGUUACCAAGAAUGGUACGUUUGGUCGUCACCGUCACAUCGUGGCUGCUGCUUGUGCCCAUUAUCUUCUUGGGGUGCUGGCCGAUGCAUGGCGACGCCACCCAAGCCCCGAUUUAUUCAUGGUUUAUUGGAUUCAACACUUUUGGUUUCGGAGUGCAAUCGUUCUUCCAAGGCACAUGUGCUAUAGCUCUGGUCUUAGUAUUGGAGAACCUACCUGUCUUACAGCGCGUUCUCAAUACAAAGCCGGCAUUGUACCUGGGAGAAGUUAGCUUCAGUUUCUAUUUGAUUCAUUGGGGGUGUGGUAAGAACUUCCUUAGUUAUGGUCUGAAGCUUAAGAUGCUGGCAGCCGGGUAUAGCCUGAUUGUUUCGUGGAGCACACUUUUUGUCAUCGCCAUGCUAUCGAUCAUGCUGCUCGGAGAUCUUCAUUGGCGUCUCGUGGAUCAGAAGUCAGUGCAAUUUUCGCAUUGGCUAGCCAAGAGACUUGGGGUAUCGUAG